AUGGUCUUAAAUUUAAAUCUUUUCACUUCUGUGGCAAUAAGAAUGCAUGCAAAAAAAAAUGUUUGUGUUUGGUUUCAAGCAAAAAAUUAUGUCAAUGAUGAAAAAAUGUUAAAUAAGAAUACUAUUAUAGAUAUAAAUUUUUAUCUAUCAACAUUAGAGAUUUAUUGUGGUGUUAGCAAAACAACAUUUGACCACCUCUAUUCUAUGAUUAAAGAUCAUUUUCAAAUUCAAGAAAAACAUUUACUUUGGUUCUUGGUAUAUUUAAGGCAGUACAAUUCAUUAGAUAUACAUGCUGUCAACUUUGGAGUCUCAGUUAGAACUUUUAAGACCUGGGUUGACAAUUGUUUCGUGGCAUUUAAUAUUGUACUUAAAAAUAAGUUGAAAGAAGAUGUUCUAUUAAAUCCAAAUAUUCUAGAUAAUUUGGUCAUUAAAGAGUAUUCUUUUGGUACUGGUGAUGCCAUUCAAACUAAACUUGUAAACUGUGCUGUUGAUACUACCCUUCUACAAAUCCCAAAACCUAUUGAUGGAUAUUUGUACAAAUCAUUAUAUUGUACUAAUUUUAAGAAUUAA